UAGAGCCUCGGAACGCAUUAUCUUCCCCGCCAUCUCCGUCUGGGCGGUCGGUGCUGCGCCGUGCCGGGGAAACGUCCAGAAGAGCGGGUAUUCUUAGACGCCGAGUGUAAUUGGUAUGAUUAUUGUCCUUGUUGGGUGGCUCAAACCUAUUCAUAGCGCGGGAGAAGGAGAGAGAGAGUGGGGAUGAGAUCUGCAGAGUGAUCUUCACGCAGUUGGAAAUGAAGGAAUUAUAAACAGGAGGGACGCACACGAGCAGGUCAAAGUUUCUUUUGCGAAUUGGGCUUUUUUUUUUCCUUUUCUGCGGACAUCACUGCGCCUCAGAUUGACGCCGUGAUGGAAUGACACUUGGAGAGAGGAUGAUGGACACUUUGGCACCGAAGCUCCGUCUCAGAAAUCCUCCCGUUUACACCAGGCGCGGUGCUGCUGACCGAGCCCUCAGGACGGUGAUCAGUCAUUUGUUUUGAAGUGGCAGGAAAAUCCUCCUCUUGAUCGUUUUCUCCAAACAAGAGUGAGAGAUGAUGCGCACAGCGAUUCCUCUGAGACAGACGUGCGUACUCAUCACAUUGCCGUUAAGGAGCGCGUCUUAAAGAGCUUCUUUCUUCAUCCUUCUUCAUUCUUCUUCUCUGAACUUGUUGAACGGUGUUAAAGAGAGAGCAGGGGGACAGGGAGUACCCAGUACAAGAAAUCACCACAUCGCCACGCAGGACGAGGACCAUGAUUGACAGCCAGGCAAGCUGAGGAGACCUGUCACUCAUCUUCCUAUCAGCGUGUCAGAGGGCUAUCUCCUUCUCGCCUUCCCCCCUCUUCCUCUUCCUCACCUCUACCCUCCCUAAAUCCUCUCCUAUUAUCUACUCAAUGGGCUGGUUACCUCACUAUCCCUCAUAGUUAUCAAGCACUCGAGAAAAACAGUCAGAAGUAGUAAAGAAAAACAACGAGACACUUCUAAACCUACCCUCGCUGCAACUGAGGGGAGCUUGGCAUGCCUCCUCACUCCAGUUGAGUGAGUUGUCGUAAGUGGAAGUAGAAAGAGGGAUCCCUUGUUAGUACAGAAGGAGAUACAGCUCCUCGAAGAAGGAGCCGAGAGAGGACCAAUCAUGCGUUUCCAUUUCGCGCUGACGCUGUGGACCGGCGUUUGCCAGGCGGCCAUGCAGCACUACCCCGCAGCAUGGGGCCACUACGAUGUUUGUAAGUCCCAGAUUUACUCGGACGAAGGCUUAACCUGGGACUACAUGGCCUGCCAGCCAGAGGCCGCCGACAUGACCCAGUUCCUAAAGGUCUCUCUGGAUCCCCCCAACAUCACCUGUGGAGACCCUCCGGAGACAUACUGUGCCCUGGAGAACCCCUACAUGUGUAACAAUGAAUGUGAUGCCAGCACAGAAGAACUGGCCCACCCUCCAAAGCUCAUGUUUGACAUCGAGGGCCGUAAUCCCACCACUUUCUGGCAGUCCAGCUCUUGGAAGAAGUACCCAAAGGCCCUCCUGGUCAACAUCACGCUCUCGUGGAACAAGACCAUCGAGCUGACUGAUGACAUCGUCCUCACCUUUGAGUCUGGCCGGCCCGAGCAGAUGGUCCUAGAAAAGUCUCUGGAUUACGGAAGAACCUGGCAGCCCUACCAGUUCUAUGCCACUGACUGUCUGGAUGCCUUCACCAUGGAGCCCAAGACGGUGCAGGACCUGACUCAGCAUACACUGCUGGACAUCAUCUGCACAGAGGACUACUCACGAGGGUACGUGUGGAAGUAUGACAAAACAGUGCGCUUUGAGAUCAAGGACCGCUUUGCGCUGUUUGCCGGGCCCCGACUGCACAACAUGGCUUCGCUUUAUGGCCAACUGGACACCACCAAGAAUCUGCGGGACUUCUUCACCAUCACAGACCUGAGGAUCCGUCUGCUGCGGCCUGCAACAGGAGCUACCAUGGUGGACGAGGACAAACUGACCAGAUACUUCUAUGCCAUUUCUGACAUCAAAGUCCAGGGCAGGUGCAAGUGCAACCUUCACGCCAACAGCUGUGUGUAUGACAAAGAGAAGUUGAGCUGCGAGUGUGAACACAACACGACUGGGCCCGACUGUGGCCGCUGCAAGAAGAGUUACCAGGGCCGAGCCUGGAGCGCUGGCUCCUACCUGCCCAUCCCCAAGGGCACUGCUAAUAUCUGUAUCCCUAAUAACAUUGGUCCAGUUAACUGCGAAUGCUUCGGCCACUCCAACCGAUGCAGCUACAUCGAGCUGCUAAACACCGUCAUUUGCGUGAGCUGUAAGCACAACACUAGGGGCCAGCACUGCCAGCUAUGCAAGCUGGGCUACUACCGCAAUACCUCAGCAGAACUGGACGAUGAAAAUGUGUGCAUAGAGUGUAAUUGUAAUCCCUUUGGCUCAGUCAAUGAUCGCUGUAAUGGCACAGGAUUUUGUAUAUGUAAGGAGGGCACUACAGGGCCUAAGUGUCAGCAGUGUCUACCCGGCUAUUUGUGGGACGAUGGCUGCAAAUCCCGGGUGUGUGACAACGAGCUCCUGCGCUGCCAAAAUGGCGGGGUGUGUGUCAACAACGUGCGCUGCAGCUGUCCCUCAGACUACUCAGGCCUGCUGUGUGAGAAGUCCCGCUGCGAGUCGGAGCUGGGGGGCUGCAGGGGCCCCGACUCGGGCCAGGCCGCCCUGGUGCCUCCAUCAGCCCUCAGACUGCUGCUGCUGCUGCUGCUGGGCUCCGCACUGCUGAGGGAGGCCUCCGCGCUCUGAGGAGACCCGGGACCUGGUCGGAGUUUGUCACUCCUACCUCCUCCACUCUAACCCCCCCCAUCCCUCCUUUCAAAUAAUCAACCAUUAAACAAGAACAUGAGCUUUCUGGACUGUACUGUCCUGAGCUUCUCCGCCGCCAGACUCUAUGAACACUCGCGCUGACGAUAAAGAGAAUGUGCCAGACUAAUGAGUGCAAAAACUUUUCAUUGAAUUACAAAGAAUAUAUAGAAAUGAAAAAAAAACAUAUACUUCUAAAAAUGCCAGAUAUUAUUUAAAAAAAGAGCCUAAUAAGAGUGAAAUGUGCAAAGAACGAUGAGACCCCCCCUCCCCUUCUAAGCCAUACCAGGUACUCCUUCCAGUUUGAGAGGGGAUAACUGAAGAUGACAGACUCGUUCUCUUCCUCUCUUAUUGCCACGGCAACAACAGCUGCAACCAAUCAGCUCUGGAGCGAGCCGGCAGUGGUCAUCGAUCCCCCCCCCCCCGGGACGCUUCUUGCUACGUAACGCUCGCCGGACCGCUGCGGAAGACAUCUCAAAGAAAGCGUCCCGGCUGUGGCUGAGCAGCCGAAGCGUUAGACUGCAGAACAGGAAGCAUUCUUUGCUGUCAGUGCAUUGUGGAUAGAAGGGAAUCUGUCCAGACUGCCACUUUGUGACACUAACCCCCUCACCCACGUUGGCCCCUCUCUAGCUUUCUGUCUCUUCCUCAUCCUCCCUUCCUGCCUCCCACCCCCCCUCCAUGCUGCCACAGACCUGUGCUUUCGUGAACGUUACUCUGUAAAACCCUUGUUGGUUGAAAGAUUCUUUUGUCCGAUGUUAGUGAUGCACAUGUGUAAGAAGCCCCUCCCCCCUCCUCUCCUCUCCUCCCUCUUGCAAAAAAGAAACUCCAACUAAGCCGUCUGAUUCUUUUUUCUGUCUUAGAGCCGCCACGCUCCCCACGAUCAUGAUGCAAGGAUAGUUUUCACCUGAGCAGACGAAGAGCGCUUAGAGAACCAUCGGUGUAUUUGCAAGUUCCUCUCUCGACAGAGCAAACAAAAAAGAGUCACGUAGUCCUUUUGUAUCUUUGCCGAACUGUGAUUGAGAAAAGGCAACCUUUAAUGUAUCUAUUGAAAAAAACAUCCAAAUGAAGAAGCAAUUGUUUUUGAUUUCUUUCUUCUUUUUUAUUUUGGUUUCCAUUUCUUUCAUUCACUUAUUUCAUUUGUUAAUAUUUCUUUUAGUUGUGCAGUUGAUUUUCCUUUGUAUUGGCAACGUGCUGGCAUCAAAGAAUAUCAGUUUACAUAUACAGUAUUAACAAAGUGUAAUAAAAUCCCACCAAAGGACAUUAUAAAUGUUUUGUUCUUGCUUUAACACUUGAGAAUUUAAGUGAAUAAAAGUUGAAAAAUGAAA